UCCUGCUCGGGUUUCUCUCCUACGCAAGGCCGACUUGGAGGGAAGACGUCGUCGCGAAGGAGGGAAAGAAAUAAAAGAAGAAAGCAGAAACUGCUCUUAAAGGCUGCCUCAGGAGCAGUGACGUGUCUUCAUGGCAGUUCGUCGAGGACACAAUAAGUACUUAAAAGCCGAUUUGCAGGAGGUGUAUGAGAUGUCUAACGGUUAUGAAGACCACAUGGGAGGGGAUGAGGCGAAGGAUGCCAAGACCAACCUCAUAGUGAACUACCUGCCUCAAAACAUGACGCAGGAUGAGCUACGAAGCCUUUUCAGCAGUAUUGGAGAGGUGGAGUCUGCCAAGCUGAUUCGAGACAAAGUCGCAGGCCACAGUUUAGGGUACGGAUUUGUUAACUAUCUUAACCCUAGUGAUGCAGACAGAGCUAUCAGUACUCUGAAUGGACUAAGGCUACAGUCCAAAACUAUCAAGGUUUCAUUUGCACGGCCCAGCUCAGAUACAAUAAAGGAUGCCAACCUUUACAUCAGUGGCCUGCCCAAGAAUAUGGCACAGAAGGAAGUGGAAGACAUGUUCUCACGUUUUGGACGCAUCAUUAAUUCUCGCGUACUAGUCGAUCAGUCGACGGGUACGACAGGCUCGUCUCGCGGUGUGGCGUUCAUCCGGUUUGACAAGCGUGCGGAGGCUGAGGAGGCGGUGAAGAGCUUGAAUGGCCAAAAACCACCUGGAGCCGCUGAGCCCAUCACGGUGAAGUUUGCUGCCAACCCUAACCAGGUCAAGAACACGCAGCUCAUCUCUCAGCUCUACCAUAACCAGUCCCGGCGCUUCGGAGGGCCCCUUCACCACCAGGCACAGAGGUUUAGGUUUUCCCCAAUGAGUGUUGAUCACAUGAGUGGCAUGGGAGGUGUGAAUGUCCCUGGUAACUCCAAUGGGUGGUGCAUUUUCAUCUACAACCUGGGCCAGGAUGCAGACGAGAGCAUCCUGUGGCAGAUGUUUGGCCCCUUCGGGGCCGUGACCAACGUGAAAGUGAUCCGAGAUUUCAACACCAACAAGUGCAAGGGCUUCGGCUUCGUUACGAUGACAAACUACGAGGAGGCCGCCAUGGCCAUCGCCAGCUUGAACGGCUACCGGCUCGGAGAUAAGAUUCUGCAAGUGUCCUUCAAGACCAGCAAGGGCCACAAGUAGAACAAGGUGGACAAUCAGAGGAGUGCAAAGGGUGUUGUCAGGCUUUUGUUGGUGAAAGCUGAAUGCAGUUUUGCAGUCUGGUAAAUCAUUUUGGUUUUACCAAAUUCUAAGAUGAAUGGGAAGUUGAAUCUUCUGCACCUUUGUACUUGUAUGAAAGAGUGUCUCGUCUUUUUUUUUUUUUUUUUUUUCUCUCUUCUUCCCCAUCCUUGUACUCUUGCCAGGGGGCUUGAGGGACGCUCAAUUUUUUGGGAGUGGAUGAAGGUGUUAUCCACAAACUUUUGAAAGUUGUAUCAAAAGUGAAAAUACUGUCUGUGUUGCAUGUAUAGCUGUUAGGACUAGACAAAGAAUAAUUUAAAAGAAAAAAAAAAAUAUCAGGGCACCGUAAAUACAGAAAAAAAUAAGAGGGGAAGACCCUUUUGGAUUGUUUUCAAAGUUUAAACAUUUUACAGAAUAAAAUAGUGUAAAAAUGGGGGAAACAAUUUAAAAGCCAGUGGUAAUUUCUCUUUGGAAGGGCAGUGCUUGGUCUUGGAUCCUGUCGCAUGUAGAAAUAGAUGCCUUAAGUUUUGGGACAGAUCUUUCACUACCAUCUGGAGUUUCAAGUGUAAAAGAGCACUUUUAACCCGUUAAUCUGUUUGCGGUUGAUCUGAAUAUCAGACUUUUUGAUGUUAACAUAGAACUUUUUUUCCCGCUCAGACCGGCAGUUAAAAACAUGAGGUUUGGCAGGAAAUGUUUUUGUUUUGGUAUUGCAAUGUGUAAAGUGUCUUUUUUUUUAUAUAAAAAAUUGUACAAAAGGACAGUCUUGUUGACAAUUAAAAACAAAAAUAAUAAUUAGAACAAAAAAAGAAGAAACAGCCAAUGAGUAAGUCACUUGGAUGGACCAAAGGCAGGGAGAUAUUUAAUCUCGUGAACCCAGAAGAUUUUCUCUGAUCAGAUUUACUGAGCGUAAACUUUUUUUUUUUCUUGAAUAGGUACUGAGAGAGCACCCCACCCCCGAUUUGAGUUUAAUUUCUUUUGAUUAAUUUACUUUGUAGUGACUUUUGUUUUGUUUUCAGUACAAGUUUCAGGCUUGUUUAAACAAGUGUUUAUCAAGUUUGCAGAUUACUGUUUUUUUUGCUAUUGAUUUCAGUUUAGAUUUGCAUUUUCUUUUUUCUUUUGUUGUUUCUCUUUACACUUAAACCAUUAAAUUUUGUUUCAUUUUGCUGCAAA